GGUACUAGUGAAGAAUGGAGGAUUGUAUUUUAUAUAGCCUCGGGUGUCGCCGUGUUUGCAGCAAUAAUGUACGGUAUAUUUGGAAACAGCGAACUGGCACCAUGGGCGAGAGGAGCAGAUGGUGAUCUUGAAAUGGAAGUCAAACUGUCAAAGGAAGCGCUUACCAAAUGUUAAGAUGAAGCUGUGGCAAUAUUAGACUAGAAAAAUGACAUAUCAACCGCAGACCUGUGUGAUUUUAUUUUAUCUGUCAAGAUAUGUGUGUCAAAGCGGAGCUACAAGGCCAGAUUUUCAAUUUCUUUGGUUACUUUUUACAUUAAAAGAGAAUAAAUGAGUCGCAGUGAUAAAACAUUUUUUUUAAAUGAUUGUCUUUUUUCAGAAAAAAAUUAUUGGAUUAUUUGCAUUGAUCGUGUGUGUG